AAAUGUAUGGGGGAGUGCGAGGCUUUCCUUUAAGACAGAGGUUGCCUUCAACCACUGGAAAGACCCCAGUUAGAAAGCUCAUCCCUGCUGCACAUUUUUAAAGCCACGCUCAGAAGAACCAUGGUUUGUGUUCCCUGCAUCGUCAUUCCAAUUCUGCUGUGGGUCUAUAAAAGGUUCCUGGAGCCGUAUCUCUAUCCCUUCAUCUCUCCUCUCAUUAAACGCAUUUGGCCGACGAAAGCAGUGCAGGAAACGCCAAAGCAAGACCAAUGGAACAGCUCUGGAAAUGGGUGUGAUUCUUUUGAGCAGGAUUCUUCCAAUGAUCAGCCAGAACUUUAUAAAACCAAAAGCAAUGGCAUUGCAAAUGGAUUUUCUGGAAGUGGGCCCAAAGAAGACUCUGACAAAAAGACAGAUUAGUUAUGCUUCUGCUGUGGGGUCAAGGCUGUUAUAAGAAAUGAACUGACAGUGUUGUUCCCACUUGGGUAUUUUACUGAUUGCACAUUUACCUGAAUGGAAAUCUGGAGUAUGUAUAGAUACCCAUCCACUCACUCAAGGGAGACUUGGAAUAAUUCUAGCUCUGUCACUGAAAAAAAAAUUAAUAUAUUGUCUUGCUGUUGUUGAAAUUCUGGGUGGCUGGAACCGUUUCCAGUGCAGUGCAACUAAAGAGUGUUAGCAAUUUUAGUCUCCGUAUUUUAUUAAAACCGUCAAUGUCAAGCUUGCCGCUUGUUUCAAAAACUUUCCUGAAACUCUGUGUACGUGGCUACUCAUAGGUUGGUCUUUUAAAAACUAAAAAAAAGCACUGUAAAUAUUUGAACACUAAUAGUAAAUAUAAUGGUAGUUACUAGCUUGCUGUUUCUAAAUUCACUUUUGCAGAGCUGUCCUAACCGAUUGUUUGCUGGUUCUUCACGGUGGUAGAGAACAAACUUUUGAAAAGCAGCUUUUACUCAUUGAGGAGACAAUGCCAAUACAGUAGAACAAAGGGGAAAUGUCCUUUUUUGGUGUUUUUGAGCUUCUAAAGGUUGAAAAAAGCUAAACCCAAUGAACAACUCUUUAUGCAAAUUCCUGUAUUUUGGUAAAUAAUAACCACCUGCCUAACAUUUAGAAUAACUCCCAAAUCUGUAAUACCAAAUAAACCUGUUUAUUGUUGUAUUA